GAGCACGGGCACUGCGCAGAUUUCCAUCCUAGCGGUUCGGUUGUUGCCAUUGGUACUCACUCAGGGAAGUGGUAUGCUCUGGACGCAGAGACGCGAGACCUGGUGGCCAUUCACACAGACGGCAAUGAGCAGCUGUCAUUAAUGCGCUACUCUCUCGAUGGCACGCUGCUGGCAGUGGGAUCACAUGAUAACUUCAUUUACCUCUACACGGUGUCGGAUAAGGGACGCAAGUACAGCAGAUAUGGGAAAUGCACUGGGUCAGGGCAGAGUGGAGAAUAAAACUUUACAGUGCGUGACCGUUUGCCCAUGUCUGACCUGGGUCUCGUUUCGCUCGACUGUACUCCAUCAACACACUCUGAAUCACACUACUGUUCUUUUGAUUCUUCACGUUUUCUUGCAUUUUUUUGUAUUUUUCUGUGCAGCUUUUCAGCAGUUGAGAAGUUUAAUGUCAUUAACAUCUGUGCUCGAUCACAGUAAUAAUAGUCAUUCUCUGAAACGGGUGCCUUACAGAGUACAUUUCUAUGUAUUCAUGCUCUGACCAUAAAAAAAAUAAAUAAAGUUCUGUCAUGUACUAAUAUGUUGCUUUGAACCAGAAUUCAUGGACACAAAUGAA